UGCUUCCCUAGGGUGGUUCGGCUCCACCAAACAUGUCGGCUCCUGUCGGGCCCCGGGGCCGCCCGGCUCCCACCCCGGCGGCUUCUCAGCCGCCGCCGCAGCCCGAGAUGCCCGACCUCAGCCACCUCACAGAGGAGGAGAGGAAAAUCAUCCUUGCUGUCAUGGAUCGGCAGAAGAAAGAAGAGGAGAAGGAGCAGUCCGUGCUCAAGGUCAAAGAAGAACACAAACCACAACUGACACAGUGGUUUCCCUUUAGUGGGAUCACUGAACUGGUAAAUAACGUUCUUCAGCCCCAGCAAAAACAACAAAAUGAAAAGGAGCCCCAGACAAAACUGCACCAGCAGUUUGAAAUGUAUAAGGAACAGGUAAAGAAGAUGGGAGAAGAAUCACAGCAGCAGCAAGAACAGAAGGGUGAUGCUCCAACCUGUGGUAUCUGCCACAAAACAAAGUUUGCUGAUGGAUGUGGCCAUAACUGUUCUUAUUGCCAAACAAAGUUCUGUGCUCGUUGUGGAGGUCGAGUGUCUCUACGCUCAAACAAGGUUAUGUGGGUAUGUAAUUUGUGCCGAAAACAACAAGAAAUCCUCACUAAAUCAGGAGCAUGGUUUUAUAAUAGUGGACCUAAUACACCUCAGCAAUCUGAUCAAAAGGUUCUUCGAGGACUGCGAAAUGAGGAGGCACCUCAGGAGAAGAAAGCAAAACUGCAUGAGCAGUCCCAGUUCCAAGGACCCUCAGGUGACUUCUGUGUACCUGCAGUGGAGAAAAGUCGGUCUCAUGGGCUCACAAGACAGGAUUCUAUUAAAAAUGGGUCAGGAGUGAAGCACCAAAUUGCCAGUGACAUAGCUUCAGACAGGAAAAGAAGUCCAUCAGUGUCCAGAGAUCAGAAUAGAAGAUACGACCAAAGGGAAGAAAGAGAGGAAUAUUCACAGUAUGCUACUGAGGAUAGCGCAAUGCCUAGGUCUCCAUCAGAUUAUGCUGAUAGGCGAUCUCAACGGGAACCUCAGUUUUAUGAAGAAUCUGACCAUAUAAAUUAUAGGGACCCCAACAGGAGAAGUCACAGGCAUUCCAAAGAAUAUAUUGUAGAUGAUGAAGAUGUGGAGAGUAGAGAUGAAUAUGAACGACAAAGGAGAGAGGAGGAGUACCAGGCACGCUACCGAAGUGAUCCAAAUUUGGCUCGUUAUCCAGUUAAGCCACAACCCUACGAAGAGCAAAUGCGUAUCCAUGCUGAAGUGUCCCGAGCACGGCAUGAGAGAAGGCAUAGUGAUGUUUCUCUGGCAAAUGCUGAACUGGAAGAUUCCAGGAUUUCUAUGCUAAGGAUGGAUCGACCAUCAAGGCAAAGAUCUAUAUCUGAACGUAGAGCUGCUAUGGAAAGUCAGAGAUCUUAUUCAACGGAAAGAACUCGAGAGGCUCAGGGACCAAGUUCAUAUCCACAAAGGACCACAAACCACAGUCCACCCACCCCCCGGAGGAGUCCAAUACCCAUGGAUAGGUCAGACAUGAGGCGUACUGACUCACUAAGGAAGCAACACCACUUAGAUCCCAGCUCUGCUGUCAGGAAAACAAAACGGGAAAAAAUGGAAACCAUGUUAAGGAAUGAUUCUCUCAGUUCUGACCAGUCAGAGUCAGUGAGACCUCCACCACCAAAGCCUCAUAAAUCAAAGAAAGGAGGUAAAAUGCGGCAGGUUUCCUUAAGCAGUUCAGAGGAGGAAUUGGCUUCCACGCCUGAAUAUACAAGUUGUGAUGAUGUUGAGAUUGAAAGUGAGAGUGUAAGUGAAAAAGGGGACAGUCAAAAGGGAAAAAGAAAAACUAGUGAGCAGGCAGUUUUGUCGGACUCUAACACCAGGUCUGAGAGACAAAAGAAAAUGAUGUACUUUGGUGGCCACUCUUUGGAAGAGGAUUUGGAAUGGUCUGAGCCUCAGAUUAAGGAUUCUGGGGUAGAUACCUGUAGUAGCACAACCCUUAACGAGGAGCAUAGCCAUAGUGAUAAGCAUCCUGUGACCUGGCAGCCAUCUAAAGAUGGAGAUCGCUUAAUUGGCCGUAUUUUAUUAAAUAAACGUCUAAAAGAUGGAAGUGUACCUAGAGAUUCUGGAGCAAUGCUUGGCCUGAAGGUUGUAGGAGGGAAAAUGACUGAAUCAGGUCGGCUUUGUGCAUUUAUUACCAAAGUUAAAAAAGGAAGUUUAGCUGAUACCGUAGGACAUCUUAGACCAGGUGAUGAAGUAUUAGAAUGGAAUGGAAGGCUGUUGCAAGGAGCUACAUUUGAGGAAGUGUACAACAUCAUUCUGGAAUCCAAACCUGAACCACAGGUGGAGCUUGUUGUUUCAAGGCCUAUUGGAGACAUACCUAGAAUACCUGAGAGCACACAUGCUCAACUGGAAUCCAGUUCUAGCUCAUUUGAAUCUCAAAAAAUGGAUCGUCCUUCUAUUUCCGUUACUUCUCCCAUGAGUCCUGGCAUGUUGAGGGAUGUCCCACAGUUCUUAUCUGGACAACUUUCAAUAAAACUAUGGUUUGACAAGGUUGGUCACCAAUUAAUAGUUACAAUUUUGGGAGCAAAGGAUCUCCCUUCCAGGGAAGAUGGGAGGCCAAGGAAUCCUUACGUUAAAAUUUACUUUCUUCCAGACAGAAGUGAUAAAAACAAGAGAAGAACUAAAACAGUAAAGAAAACACUGGAACCCAAAUGGAACCAAACAUUCAUUUAUUCUCCAGUUCACCGAAGAGAAUUUCGGGAACGAAUGCUGGAAAUUACUCUUUGGGAUCAAGCUCGAGUUCGGGAGGAAGAAAGUGAAUUCUUAGGAGAGAUUUUGAUUGAAUUAGAAACAGCAUUAUUAGAUGAUGAGCCACAUUGGUAUAAACUGCAGACCCAUGAUGUAUCUUCAUUGCCACUUCCUCACCCUUCUCCGUAUAUGCCACGAAGACAACUCCAUGGUGAGAGCCCAACACGGAGGUUGCAAAGGUCAAAGAGAAUAAGUGACAGCGAAGUCUCUGACUAUGAUUGUGAUGAUGGAAUUGGUGUAGUAUCAGAUUAUCGACACAAUGGUAGAGACCUUCAAAGCUCAACAUUAUCAGUGCCAGAACAAGUAAUGUCAUCAAACCAUUGCUCGCCAUCAGGAUCUCCUCAUAGAGUAGACGUCAUAGGAAGGACUAGAUCAUGGUCGCCCAGUGUCCCUCCUCCACAAAGUCGGAAUGUAGAACUGGGACUUCGAGGGACCCGCACAGCUAGCGGACAUUAUAAUACAAUUAGCAGAAUGGAUAGACAUCGCGUCAUGGAUGACCACUAUUCUUCAGAUAGAGACAGGGAUUGUGAAGCGGCAGAUAGACAGCCCUAUCACAGAUCCAGAUCAACAGAACAACGGCCUCUCCUUGAGCGGACCUCCACCCGCUCCAGAUCCACUGAGCGUCCUGACACAAACCUCAUGAGGUCGAUGCCUUCAUUAAUGACUGGAAGAUCUGCCCCUCCUUCACCUGCCUUAUCGAGGUCUCAUCCUCAUACUGGGUCUGUCCAGACAAGCCCAUCAAGUACUCCAGUGGCAGGACGAAGGGGCCGACAACUUCCACAGCUCCCACCAAAGGGAACGCUGGAGAGAAGUGCUAUGGAUAUAGAGGAGAGAAAUCGCCAAAUGAAAAUUAACAAAUACAAACAGGUAGCCGGCUCAGAUCCCAGACUGGAACAAGAUUACCAUUCAAAGUAUCGAUCAGGAUGGGAUCCUCAUAGAGGGGCAGAUAAUAUUUCCACUAAAUCUUCGGACAGUGAUGUAAGUGAUAUAUCUGCGGUUUCAAGGACUAGUAGUGCUUCUCGUUUCAGCAGCACAAGCUACAUGUCUGUCCAAUCAGAACGGCCGAGAGGAAGCAAGAAGAUCAGCACAAAGGGAAUAGAACAGGGAGGGAUAGAAGGGGAUAAGCAUGUGGAGGUAGUUCAUGAGAAGGAAGAGGUAAAGGAAGACGGAAUUAAUGAGAAUGAGAAAGGGAAAGAGAUUCCAAAAUCGUGUAAUAAAGAGGAAAACAGAGAAUCAGGAGAAGAGGAAAAAACACCUGAGCAAGGGGAGAAACAAGAACAAAGGAAUAAAGAGGACUUGCCAAGGAGAGCCUCACAGGACGAUGACAGUGUCUUUACCUCCAAAAUGCAAAGCAGACAAAUGGGCCUGUCAGGGAAGAACAUGACCAAGAGCACCAGCAUCAGUGGAGACAUGUGCUCGCUGGAGAAGAACGACGGCAGCCAGUCCGACACUGCAGUGGGCGCCUUGGGCACCGGCGGCAAAAAGCGGCGCUCUAGCAUUGGGGCCAAAAUGGUAGCUAUUGUUGGUCUGUCACGGAAAAGUCGCAGCGCUUCCCAGCUCAGCCAAACGGAAGCAGGUGGGAAAAAACUACGGAGCACUGUCCAAAGAAGUACAGAGACGGGACUGGCAGUGGAGAUGAGGAACUGGAUGACUCGCCAAGCCAGCCGAGAAUCCACAGACGGCAGCAUGAACAGCUAUAGCUCCGAAGGAAAUCUGAUUUUCCCAGGUGUCCGCCUGGCCUCUGACAGCCAAUUCAGUGAUUUCCUGGAUGGCCUUGGGCCUGCUCAAUUGGUAGGACGCCAGACCCUGGCGACACCUGCAAUGGGUGACAUCCAGGUAGGAAUGAUGGACAAAAAGGGACAGUUGGAGGUGGAAAUCAUUCGGGCCCGUGGCCUUGUUGUAAAACCAGGUUCCAAGACACUGCCAGCACCAUACGUCAAGGUGUAUCUACUAGAUAACGGAGUGUGCAUAGCCAAAAAGAAAACAAAAGUGGCAAGAAAAACGCUGGAACCACUUUACCAGCAGCUGUUGUCUUUUGAAGAGAGUCCCCAAGGAAAAGUUCUACAGAUUAUCGUCUGGGGAGAUUAUGGUCGCAUGGAUCACAAAUCCUUCAUGGGAGUGGCCCAGAUACUUUUAGAUGAACUGGAACUAUCCAAUAUGGUGAUUGGAUGGUUCAAACUUUUCCCCCCUUCCUCCCUAGUAGAUCCAACUCUGGCCCCUCUGACAAGAAGAGCUUCCCAGUCAUCUCUGGAAAGUUCAACUGGACCUUCUUACUCUCGUUCAUAGCAGCUGUAAAACUGUUGUCACAGCAACCAGCGUUACAAAAAAAAAAAGAAAAAAAAAAAGAAAUCACAGGUCGCCAACCCUGGUAACACUGCAUGCUUAAUGUUGUGUCUUCUGAGCCUGUUUCUAGGGAUACCAAGCGAUCCUGUGUUCUCAGAGGAAGUUGCACACAUUGUGCCCUAACGAAGGCCCUCAGGUGAAAGAGCAGAGCUAUGAAGAACUAUCAGGUUUAGAGUUCAAUGACACUCAUUUUUGGUCCAAUCUGAAGCCAUGGAUUAAUCUCAAAGAAUCAGUCAGUUUCAUGCAACAGAAGCCCUUUUCAACGGCACCUUUAUAUUUUUAUCUUACCUUUUUCUUCAUUUAUCUGAACCCAAAGCCCCGUUAUGCCACAGAAAUGGAGCUGUACAGCCAUGAAGCUAUGUGACAGAUCUAGGAGAGAAGUUCUAGGAAGCAUCAGGUGAAAAGCAGAAGACCAAAGAAGUGGUCAGGAACAAAGCAUCAGCCCCUCUCUGGAUGGUGAACCUGAGCAGUCAGUCCAGCAGGGAGAGUGGCAGACUUGGUAGCUCCUGUCAACCCGUCAUUCCCUAAUGCCAAGAGACUUUGGACUCGGGAAACAAGAUUCUGUGGCAAUGCUGUCCUGAAUGAAAUUAAAGAAACUCUUUUUGCAUGGACACCGAUUAGCUGAAUACUUAAAUUAUUUUCUUGGGGCUGCAACUUGCAAAAAAAAUAAAAAUAAAAAUCAGCCAUUUUCAACAAUUUAUAUUAUUUUUAAAAAUAAAUUUCACUAGUGCAUGGUUUUAAAAGGGGAAGAGAAUGCAACAGGGUGAUACAAAGACACACCAUGUUUAUUCUUUAAUCAUAGUCUGUGUUUUGGCAGACAUUACAAAUGAAAGUACUUUCUAGAAGAUACUUAAAAUUCUCUUUAUGUGACAAAUGAGUGUAAUAGAUUCAAUUUAUUUCCCUGUUAAAUAUACAAAUCUUAUGAAGUUCCAUAUGUGCAAAUUUUUCGCAUCUUCCUUCCUCUUUUCUCUCUUUUCCUCUUCUCCCUCUUUUACUCUUUUCUUUCUCCCUACCAGAGUGAACCUUAUACUAAAAAGUUACAAAUUUUUCAUCUGAUCCCCUCUUAUACCCCAUGUUUGAUUCAGAGCUAUCAAAGCUUCUGAAUUUAUGAAUUUCUCAAGGGAAAACAACUAUUUAAGAGCUUUCUUUAUUUCAAGCAUGUUGAAAAGGAUUUUGCAACAUGACUUGGGAGUAAAUUGAAGUAAGUCAGCAUGUAUUUGACAAAGAAGAUAUUUGAACUUUUGCAAUUUAUUGUACAGUGCAUGGUAAUUUUUUGUUGACCCUCAAAGUUGAGUUUACAGGAAAAUCCUAAAAUCAUGUGGCCAUUGUAAUGUCUAAUUAAUUUAUUUUUAGCACCAGCAUUAUUCAUACAGGGGUUAAAGUAUUGUUUAUAGAAGGUCUUAGGUUUUGUUUGUUUUCUAAUCAGU